CUAACCAAAUUUUUUGUUGUUCGUAAUAUUGGAUUUUGACAUAGAGGCUAGAACAGAAACAAAACUGUAAGAAGAAGAAGAAGAUAUGGCAAUGGCGGCUUCGAUUUCAAACUCUACCAACAUCACUUACUCUCGACGUUAUCUUCAUCAUCUCACUUCUUCAAUCAAACCAUCUCAACUUCCAUCUCAGUUCAAAAUCUUCAAGUCAACAUCUUCUUCUAUCCAGAACCCUAGUUUUCGGGUUUCAGCUUCAAUGAGCAUUGAAGCAACGCAGAAAGCUCCACAAAUUUCAUUCUUAGAUCGGAAAGAAUCUGGAGUAUUACAUUUCGUCAAGUAUCAUGGUCUUGGUAACGAUUUCAUUUUGGUUGAUAAUCGAGAUUCCGUGGAACCUAAGGUAACCCCUGACCAAGCUGUGAAGUUAUGCGAUAGGAACUUUGGUGUUGGAGCUGAUGGUGUUAUUUUUGCAAUGCGGGGGAUCAAUGGAACUGAUUAUACAAUGAGGAUAUUCAAUUCAGACGGAAGCGAACCCGAGAUGUGUGGUAAUGGUGUUCGUUGCUUUGCAAGGUUUAUUGCUGAUCUAGAUGAUACACAAGGGAAGCAGAGUUUUACCAUUCAUACUGGUGCAGGCUUAAUUGUUCCUGAAAUUCAAGAUGAUGGGAAGGUUAAAGUUGAUAUGGGUCAACCUGUACUUAGAGCGUUGGAUGUACCUACCAAAUUGCCAGCCAACAAGGACCAAGCUGUGGUGAAGGCAGGACUAGAAAUUGAUGGUGCAACCUGGAAUGUGACAUGUGUUAGCAUGGGAAAUCCCCAUUGCGUUACUUUCUCCACAAGUGAAUGCAAGAAUUUGCUGGUUGACGACUUAAAUUUAUCAGAGAUUGGUCCGAAAUUUGAGCACCAUGAAGUAUUUCCUGCUCGAACUAAUACUGAGUUUGUGCAAGUGUACUCUCGUUCCCACCUGAAAAUGCGAGUCUGGGAGCGUGGUGCAGGAGCAACACUGGCAUGUGGAACUGGAGCUUGUGCAGUCGUGGUGGCAGCUGUUCUUGAGGGUCUUUCCGAGAGGAACUGCACAGCUGAUCUGCCUGGGGGACCAUUGGAGAUCGAGUGGAGGGAGGAAGACAAUCAUAUCUACAUGACAGGUCCUGCCGAGGUAGUCUUUUAUGGAUCUGUGUUACUAUAGUUCUUUGACAAGAAUUCUGUUUUGGAACUUCUAAUCUAUAUUGAGCAUAAUUUCCAAGAUUUUGUAGUAUCAAUAAUUUAUAAGUCUGUGAUGCUUGUCAAAUGAUGUGUUUGUA